GGAUUAUACCACUGCGUUAUUACUAGACAUGUUUAGAAUAAAAUACACCAAAUAGAGUAAAUAUUUUAGAUUUCUAGACAACAUAUGGCUAGUAUUUUACAUUGAGAGACAAUUAAAUUGAGAUGUUAAAUGUCUAAAACCAGGUCUUUGUUGGACCGGAUAUCCGGUCACAUUGGUUUGUUCCGCUGCCGUUUUCUCCUACGACAACAACUUCUGGCACGUGUGUCAUUGCUGGUGACUGAUAGUCGUUUUUAUGUGUAUAAUUUCUUAAAUAUCUAGUGUGAAGUGACAACAACAGAAGGAAAAUGGGUAAGAAGAAAAGCGGCGGAGGAGGUGGACUGGGACGAGCUCUGAUAAAAGAGAAAGUGCAGACGAGCCGAGGGAAGAGGAGAGGAGACACCUGGCGCCACACCAGUGAACUGAAUGAUGGAUACGACUGGGGACGGUUGAACCUACAGUCGGUGACAGAGCAGAGCUCUAUGGAUGAUUUUCUGGCCACUGCGGAACUCGCAGGAACAGAGUUUGUUGCUGAGAAGCUCAACAUCAAGUUUGUGCCAGCAGAAGCUAGAGCUGGCUUAUUGUCAACUGCAGAGAAAAGCAGGCUGAAAAAACUGCAUGAAGACAACAAACAUUUUCUCAGAAUUCCACGACGGCCUCACUGGGAUGAAAGCACCAGUCCAGAUGCUCUUCAGCUGGCAGAAAGAGACAGCUUCUUAGAGUGGAGACGAGAGCUGGCACAGCUGGAGGAGGAACAGAAGUUAAUUCUCACCCCCUAUGAGAGGAACCUGGAGUUUUGGAGACAGCUGUGGAGGGUGAUCGAGCGAAGUGAUGUUGUCGUCCAGAUAGUUGAUGCCAGAAACCCUUUGCUGUUCAGAUGUCCAGACCUGGAGUCCUAUGUGAAGGAAGUGUCAGAGGAUAAGGUCAACAUGCUUUUGGUGAAUAAGGCUGACCUGCUGACCAGGAAGCAGAGGCAAGUCUGGGCCCGGUAUUUUGAGAAGGAGGGGCUGAGGGCCGUCUUCUGGUCUGCGUUGGCUGAAGGCGAUCGUCUGGAAGCAGAGGACAAGGGCAUGGAAACGAAAGAUCCAGAAGAUGACGAGAGUGACCAGGAAGAAGAAGAACAGCUAAACAAUGAAGACUUGAGUCCUAAGGGUGCAGAUGGAGAGGAGGAUGAGGAAGAUGAUGAUGAGGAGGAUGAUAUCGAGGACCAAGAACAUCAACACAUUAGUGUAGAUGAGGAGGACUGGCACACCUGCUCAGAAGAUGAGGGUGCAGAAGAAGCCGAAGGCGCUGUUGGUUCAUCUACUGAAUCCUCCUUCCAUAACUCCAGCCGUCUGCUGCACAAGGACGAGCUCCUGGCCAUGUUUAGGUCUGUUCACAACGGGCCCUCGUGUAAAGAAGGACAACUAACAGUGGGGCUGGUUGGAUAUCCAAAUGUCGGAAAGAGUUCCACCAUCAACACUAUUCUGAGGAACAAAAAGGUUUCAGUUUCAGCCACUCCUGGACACACCAAGCACUUUCAGACCCUGUAUGUGGAGCCGGGCCUCUGCCUCUGUGACUGCCCUGGUCUGGUCAUGCCCUCAUUUGUUUCCACUAAAGCUGAGAUGAUCUGUUCAGGGAUCUUACCCAUCGAUCAGAUGAGGGACCAUGUGCCGGCCGUGUCCCUUGUGUGUCAGACAGUUCCUCGGUGUGUGUUAGAAGGAACGUACGGCAUUAACAUCAUCCGACCUCGAGAAGAUGAAGACCCCGACAGGCCGCCCACCUCUGAGGAGCUGCUCAUGGCUUAUGGAUAUAUGAGAGGUUUUAUGACGUCCCACGGCCAACCCGACCAGUCCAGAUCAGCCCGCUACAUCCUCAAGGAUUACGUCAAUGGCAAACUUCUCUACUGCUACCCCCCCCCACAUUUGAAUCCAGAAGACUUCCAGCCGCAGCACAGCAAGUUCCAGAGAAGAGAUUCUAAUGACUGUGAUGUCUCCAUGGCAACCAAUAAACAGCAGAAAGUCAAGAGAAUUGAGAAUAUGGUCGACAAGAACUUCUUCCAUCAGGAAAAUGUUCGCGCUCUGUCCAGAGGGGUUCAGUCUGUGAUGGGCUACAAACCUGGAAACGGACCUGUGGGAGCAUCCAAAGCCGGGACAGACACGGUUCUGGGCAAACCCUGGAAAAAACAUGGCAACAGGAAUAAGAAAGAAAAAGUACGGCGCCUAAACAAACAUCUGGAUGCCUGACACUAAAGUACUGUGAAUGAGAAGUAAUCGAAUACCAGACUGAUUCCAAAGGAGCUGAUCUGAAGAGGACCAGAGCCUCUCCUGGAGGACGGAGCGGUCCACACCGGCUGGACACUAGGAUCCAUCUGAACACUAGGAUCCAUGUGGACGCUAGGAUCCAUGUGGACACUAGGAUCCAUCUGGACACUAGGAUCCAUGUGGACACUAGGAUCCAUGUGGACACUAGGAUCCAUGUGGACGCUAGGAUCCAUGUGGACGCUAGGAUCCAUCUGGACACUAGGAUCCAUGUGGACACUAGGAUCCAUGUGGACACUAGGAUCCAUGUGGACACUAGGAUCCAUGUGGACAUGCAUUCCAUCCACUGGUUCUGCACAUGGACAGCAGAUCAGCAAAACCCACAGCAGAGGAACAGAACUAAUAAUUACUAGAGAUUUUCCAGGUUGUAAUUUGAAGACGUUUUCAUUAAAUCAUUAUCACAAAGU